GUCAUAAUCCUAGAAAAAUGGUUGCAACAUGGGCAGAAAAAGAAAUUAGAAAUUUACAAAGAAUGUAUUUGGCUGGCAUUCCUGUUCCUAAACCUAUCUUGCUUAAGGGUCACGUGUUAGUAAUGGAAUUUAUUGGAGAGGAUGGUUGUCCAGCUCCUUUACUUAAAAAUGUUCAUGAGAUGGACGAACAAUUGGCUGAUCAACUUUAUGUAGAAUGCGUUACAAUUAUGCGUAAUAUGUACAGAAAGUGCAGACUUGUUCAUGCUGAUCUUUCUGAAUUCAACAUUUUAUUUUAUGAUAAUCAUCUUAUAAUAAUUGAUGUCUCUCAAUCUGUUGAACACGAUCACCCAUAUGCUUUAACAUUUUUGCGGUCUGAUAUAGGCAACGUGACAAAAUUUUUUAUGGAGAGGGGAGCGAAGGUUUUUGGAAUGAAAAGGCUUUUUGAGGUUAUUGUUGAUCCAUUGGUUGAUGAAUCAAAAUUUGCUGAAGCCUUAACAAGCGAGCGAAGUUGUGAUAAUUUGCCAGAUGACAGUUUUUUCAUGAAUGCCUAUAUUCCACAUAAACUUGAACAAAUUGUUACUUUUGAGAGGGAUCAUUUAAUGGAAAAACAAGGAUAUGAACCAAACAAUCCAUUUCAAAAAGUUAUUGGCAAAACGCUUGAUAAUGAAGAGAAGAAUGUCGAAGAAUUAGGAAGAUUGUCAACAUCAAAAGAAGAAAAUGAUUCAACGACGGGUGAAUCAAGUGAUGAAAACAGUUGUGAAAAUGAGAAUGACGAAGAAAAUUCUAUUGAAAAUUUGGAUAAACAAGGCAAAAAGUUUAUUCACCAACGCCAUUUAAGAUUAAAAGGAGAGUCGAAUGAAGCAAGAAAGGCACGUAAAGAGGCUGUUAAGGAAGAGAAAAGAGAUCAAAGGAAAAAUAAAGUGCCAAAAAAGGUUAAGAAACGUCGAGAUAAAGUGGCAAAAUCUGGAAGGAAAUGA